AUGGAAGGAGAGAUGGCACUGUAUUUAAAAGACUGCAGUGUGUCUUGCAAGUACUCGUGGGAUGAGCUGCAGUCUCUUUGUAGGAGACAGAAAUUAGUGUGCAAGCAGAUGGUUGUGACUGAGGAUGACUUCAAUGACUAUGUUGUGGACUAUCUGUGUAAUUAUAGAAAAAUUAAGGGUCAGGAGUUUUUCCUGGUAAAGUGGAACGGUUACUCUGAGUCAGAGAAUACAUGGGAACCGCACAAAAAUAUUAAAUGCCCCAGACUCCUCCAGCAGUUCCGGCAGGAUAUGCGUUUAGCACUGCUUCAUGCUAAUAUGCCUCUGGACUGAAGCUCACUGGUUGCCUCUGCAGUUUCCUUCAUCCACGAGAGGGCCAAGCAGCGGAUAAAGCUGCGAACCUGGGAGUAAGAGCUGAACCGAACCUGUCAGCACAAGGGGCGCAUCUUUGUCAGGAAUGACAUGGACCUCGACAGCCCUCCCAAAGAUUAUAAUGAAAACCUGCAGGUGAAAAUCAGGCCAGGUAUGCCCAUCUAUGAGUGUAACUCACGGUGCCAGUGUGUAGACUGCAGGAACAGAGUGGUGCAGAGGGGCAUCCAGUAUGACUUGUGCAUUUUUAAAACAGUUAAUGGAAGAGGAUGGGGUGUGUGCACAUUCGAGAGAAUUCCCAAGAACUCUUUCAUCAUGGAGUACCUUGGAGAGGUCAUCACCUCAGAGGAGGCUGAGAGAAGAGGACAGAUGUAUGAUCAGCAGGGUGUCACCUACUUGUUUGAUCUGGAUUACGUGGCUGAUGUCUUUACUCUGGAUGCUGCCCAUUAUGGAAAUAUUUCCCACUUUGUCAACCACAGUUGCGACCCAAACUUGAAGGUGUAUAAUGUUUUCAUCGACAACUUAGAUGAACGGUUUCCUAGGAUUGCUUUCUUUGCAAGACGAGCAAUAAGAGUGGGAGAAGAGCUCACUUUCGACUAUAAAAUGAGAAUUGAUGAGGCAGAUGUAGAAAGCUCCAAAAUGGACAUAAAUUGCAGCCGGUCAGGAAUGCCAGACACUCCUAUCAAUCGCAUCUGCAUGGAGUGCAAGUGUGGAGUAGAGAGUUGCAGGAAAUUCCUGUUUUAG